AUGAGCAGCUUUUCUUCAAGUUUGGUAAGCAAGCAUAAUCUUUGUUUCAUCGGUUUGCUUGAAUCAAAAAAAGAAAUUAUCGACGCUUUUCUAGUUCGAAAACUUUGGCCGAAUCUUGAUUAUGGUUUCGAUUGGGUUCCUUCACUUGGAGCCUUUGGUGGUUUACUACUUAUAUGGAACUCGAUGCUUAUGCAGAGCGUAUCUAUUUCCAAAGGCACUCGCUGGAUUUGUUUUGAUUUCUCUUUUAAUUCAUACAAUAUCCGUCAUAUUCUCAUUUACGCCAGCAAUUUGGCUUCGGAAAGACUAUCUAUGUGGGCUGAAUUGAUACCUCUUAUUGCCUUCCAAGGAAUGGUUUUUGUUAGCGGUGAUUUCAACGAUAUUUUGACCCCGGAAGAACGUCUUAAUUGUGUUGGGUAUUCGGCUUCCAUGUUAGCUCUUCGAGAUUUUCUCAAUGUGUCGGAAUUGAUCGAUCUUCCUCUUCAGGGUCGUUCCUUCACUUGGAGAAAUUCAUUCUCUAGAUCGAGAAUUGAUAGAUGUCUUGUUUCAAUUUCUACGGCUAAUACUUGGAGGUCUCUCUCCUUAUCUGCAUUACCCGAUGGUUUCUCAGAUCAUGUCCCCAUUCUAAUUUCAUCAGAUGUAAGAAUUGACUGGGGUUCUAAGUCGUUUCGUUCGGUUGACGCAUGGUGGGAACAUUCUGAGUUCAGUUCCUUUAUUUCCAGCUCAUGGCUGUCUAUUACUGGUUCAGAUUCUUCUAUGUCCCUCAUUAGAAAGCUGAAGGAACUACGCUCUAAGAUUCGUUCUUGGAACACUGACGUUUUUGGCGAUCAAAACAAGAAGAUCCUAGAGCUCGCAGCUGAAGUAUCUCGGCUGGACUUAGCUGUAAUACCCCAAAAUAUUUAA